AAUAUACGCAGUCAUUGGCUAGAAGUCAUGCGCAGACGUCACAUAUCAGCCAAUCACAAUUCUCCGCAUUUUUUUGUGUGGCCUCACAGCGCUUUAAAAAUAGAAGUGUAGCGUAAAUUUGUAUAUUCUACGUAUUCUGGACGGAGAAAGAAAUACUUCGCAGUAAUGGCAAGAACCAAGCAGACCGCUCGUAAAUCCACCGGUGGCAAAGCCCCGAGGAAGCAGCUCGCUACUAAAGCCGCCCGGAAGAGCGCCCCAGCCACCGGUGGCGUCAAGAAGCCCCAUCGUUACAGGCCCGGGACCGUGGCUCUCCGCGAGAUCCGCCGUUAUCAGAAGUCCACCGAGCUGCUGAUCCGCAAACUGCCUUUCCAGCGUUUGGUCCGUGAAAUCGCCCAAGAUUUCAAGACGGAUCUGCGCUUCCAGAGCUCCGCUGUCAUGGCUCUGCAGGAAGCCAGCGAGGCUUAUUUGGUCGGCCUGUUUGAGGACACCAACCUGUGCGCCAUCCACGCCAAGAGAGUCACCAUCAUGCCCAAGGACAUUCAGCUGGCCCGCCGCAUCCGCGGAGAGCGCGCUUGUUCCGAAACUGAGACGAGAAGCAUCUUUAACAUGUCUGGAAGAGGCAAAGGCGGUAAAGGGCUCGGAAAAGGAGGCGCUAAGCGUCACCGUAAAGUUCUGCGCGAUAACAUCCAGGGAAUCACCAAACCCGCCAUUCGUCGUCUCGCUCGCCGCGGCGGCGUUAAGCGCAUCUCCGGUCUGAUCUACGAGGAGACCCGCGGUGUGUUGAAGGUGUUUCUGGAGAACGUCAUCCGGGAUGCCGUCACCUACACCGAGCACGCCAAGAGAAAGACCGUCACCGCCAUGGACGUUGUGUACGCGCUGAAACGACAGGGCCGCACCUUGUACGGCUUCGGUGGAUAAACGCCUAAAUCGAAAACAAACUCAACGGCUCUUUUAAGAGCCACCCACACUAUCACAUAAGAGUAAAUGAAGUAAAGCUUGUGUAUUGUAUUGUUGUUGAAAAAAACUAUAAAAUAAAACCAUUUUGAGAUGUCAAACUA